AAUAAUUGAGGAGCUGUUCAACAGCAGCGGCUGACUCUUGCCUUCCUUUGCCGCCACCAUCACCCCCCAUCACAGCCGGAGAGACAGCCCGCGCCUGAAGUGCAGACGGUCAGCCACCAGCCCCAGCAGGCAGUCCAUCGCCUCCAGCCCCUCUGGUGACCCCGAUAUUCAUGCCCAGGAGAAGGCUGCUCUGCUGCGGAACUUUCCUAAAAGGGAGAUCCCUAUUCACUAGAUGAAUUCCAGAACCAUCCACUAAGUCUUCUGUAGCCCUCUUCCAUCAGCUGACCUUCACUGCAACUCCUAUUACUCAAGAUGAGUGGCUUCCUGGCCUCACUGGACCCCCGGCGGGUGCAGUGGGGGUCAGCCUGGUAUGCCAUGCACUCCAGGAUCCUACGCACCAAACCAGUGGAGUCCAUGCUGGAGGGAACGGGGGCCACUACAGCACAUGGCACCAAGCUCGCCCAGGUGCUCACCACCAUGGACCUUAUCUCUCUUGGCGUUGGCAGCUGCGUGGGCACUGGCAUGUAUGUGGUGUCUGGCCUGGUAGCCAAGGAAAUGGCGGGACCUGGUGUCAUUGUGUCCUUCAUCAUUGCUGCCGUUGCAUCUAUAUUAUCAGGUGUGUGCUACGCAGAGUUUGGAGUCCGAGUGCCCAAAACCACAGGAUCUGCCUACACCUACAGCUAUGUCACUGUUGGUGAAUUUGUGGCAUUUUUCAUUGGCUGGAACCUGAUCCUGGAGUACCUGAUUGGCACUGCAGCUGGCGCCAGUGCUCUGAGCAGCAUGUUUGACUCACUGGCAAACCACACCAUCAGUCGCUGGAUGGUGAACAGCGUGGGAACCCUCAAUGGACUGGGGAAAGGUGAAGAAUCAUACCCAGACCUUCUGGCUCUGGUGAUUGCUGUCAUUGUGACCAUCAUUGUCGCUCUGGGGGUGAAGAAUUCCGUGGGCUUCAACAACGUGCUCAAUGUGCUGAACCUGGCAGUGUGGGUGUUCAUCAUGAUCGCAGGCCUCUUCUUCAUCAAUGGAAAGUACUGGGCGGAAGGCCAGUUCUUGCCCCAUGGCUGGUCAGGGGUGCUGCAAGGAGCGGCCACAUGUUUCUAUGCUUUCAUUGGCUUUGACAUCAUUGCCACCACCGGAGAGGAAGCCAAGAAUCCCAACACGUCCAUCCCUUACGCUAUCACUGCCUCCCUGGUCAUCUGCUUGACAGCCUACGUGUCUGUGAGCAUGAUCUUAACUCUGAUGGUGCCAUAUUACGCCAUUGACACAGAAUCCCCACUCAUGGAGAUGUUUGUGGCUCACGGUUUCUAUGCUGCAAAAUUUGUAGUAGCUAUUGGGUCGGUUGCAGGACUGACAGUCAGCUUGCUGGGCUCCCUCUUCCCAAUGCCAAGGGUCAUUUAUGCCAUGGCUGGUGAUGGGCUCCUUUUCAGGUUCCUGGCUCACGUAAGCUCCUACACAGAGACUCCAGUGGUGGCCUGCAUUGUGUCAGGGUUCCUGGCAGCUCUGCUCUCGCUGCUGGUGAGCCUGAGAGACCUGAUAGAGAUGAUGUCCAUCGGCACACUCCUUGCCUACACCUUGGUCUCCGUCUGUGUCUUGCUCCUUCGAUACCAACCUGAGAGUGACAUUGAUGGUUUUGUCAAGUUCUUGUCUGAGGAGCACACCAAGAAGAAGGAGGGCAUUCUGGCCGAAUGUGAGAAGGAAACCUGUUCUCCUGUGAGUGAAGGGGAAGAGUUUUCCAGCCCGGCCACCAAUACAUGUGGGGCCAAAAACCUACCAUCUUUGGGAGACAAUGAGAUGCUCAUUGGGAAAUCAGACAAGUCCACCUACAAUGUCAACCACCCCAACUAUGGCACCGUGGACAUGACCACAGGCAUAGAAGCUGAUGAAUCUGAAAACAUUUAUCUCAUCAAGUUGAAGAAGCUGAUUGGGCCCCGUUACUACACCUUGAGAAUCCGACUGGGUCUUCCAGGCAAAAUGGACCGGCCCACAGCAGCAACCGGGCACACGGUGACCAUCUGCGUGCUCCUGCUCUUCAUCCUCAUGUUCAUCUUCUGCUCCUUCAUCAUCUUUGGUUCUGACUACAUCUCAGAGCAGAGCUGGUGGGCCAUCCUUCUGGUUGUUCUGAUGGUGCUGCUGAUCAGCGCCCUGGUGUUUGUGAUCCUGCAGCAGCCAGAGAACCCCAAGAAGCUGCCCUACAUGGCGCCUUGCCUCCCCUUUGUGCCUGCCUUUGCCAUGCUGGUGAACAUCUAUCUCAUGCUAAAGCUCUCCACCAUCACAUGGAUCCGGUUUGCAGUCUGGUGCUUUGUGGGUGUGCUCAUCUACUUUGGAUACGGCAUCUGGAACAGCACCCUGGAAAUCAGCGCCCGCGAGGAGGCCCUGCAUCAAAGCACGUACCAGCGCUACGACGUGGAUGAGCCCUUCUCGGUGGAGGACGGUUUCUCCUACGCCACUGAGGGCGAGAGCCAGGAGGACUGGGGCGGGCCGGCGGAAGACAAAGGCUUCUAUUACCAACAGAUGUCAGAUGCGAAGACAAACAGCCGGACGAGUAGCAAAGCAAAGAGCAAAAGCAAACACAAACAGAACUCGGAGGCCCUGAUUGCAAAUGAUGAGUUAGAUUACUCUCCAGAGUAAGAGUAAACACAAGAGGGUAGAGAUGAUGAUGGUGAUUGAUCUUCAGUAAUUUAACCUGUGGGCUAGAAGGCGAAAACUUUUUUGAUUCUCAUUUCACAAAUCCAGCCUGCUCUCGGAGUCAAUCCCCAGUCAUAGCCUGUCAUUUGCUAUUUUUGCUCUUCAGGAUAGAUCUGUCAAAGUGUUUAACCCAGGGUUCCUAACUGGUCCCCUUGUAAACAACACUAAACAAAAGGCUACACAAAAUUCCAUCUUAGGUACAACCAUGAUCUGUUGGCUGCAAAUAUUUCUCAGGCCUUUGCUUUGCUGGUUGAAUCGUUUUUGCUUCUU